CUCCCCCUUGCCUCCCCACUGUACUUCUUUGCUUCUCUUCCAUUGUCCUACAGCGAGUUCGCCCAGCUACGCACCAUGGCGCAGUCUACACAACCCCUCCCCCCGGAGAACGCAUCCAUGUCCGAGAUGCUUGACGCCACCGUUGCGUACUCCAACCCCGAGUCCCUCGAGAACGAGCGCCUCCUCUCUGCGUUCAUGUCCCCCAUGCCGCUCCUUACGCCCGCCCUUGCGCGCCCUAUGGACGACUGCGGCGCCAGCAGCCCCGCGCUCAACCUUGACCUCGACGCGGCGGGUGGGGAGUCCGCGGUCAAGUGCGCCGCGGUCGGGCACCCGUACUCGUGCCACUGCGUGCCGUGCAAUGUGUUCGCGGACCACGAGGAGGCGGCGCAACCGGUCCCUGAAGAGACCCCCACGCGGCCCGCGUCGCGCGCGCCCUCGCGCCGCGCGAGCACGAAGCGGAUGAAGAGCGGGCUGUCGCUCACGGCGCCGGGGAAGGACGGCGAGGCGCAGGAGCGGCUGGCGUCUUCUGCGGCGGGGCGCCACGGCCGGAUGCGCUCGGUCACGACGGUGGGCUACCGCGAGGGCGAGGCGGUCGCGGGCGGGACGGACGAUACGGGCGACGGCAACCCCAUGCUGCGCAACCGGCUCCACGACCUGCUCAACGACCCGCGGGGCGCGCGCAAUACGCCCGCCACCGUGUCCGCGUCCAUGCCCGCCAUGUCGUCGAUGCCGUCGCGGACACGCCCGGUCGUGGCGCACUCGUCGUUGUCUGCUAUACCCGACGCGCCGUCGCCCACUCGGGAGGAGGCGCCAUCGCGUAAUGCGUCCGCCUCUUCCUCGUUGCUGUCCUCCUCCCUGCGCCCCCAAUGCCUUGAUGAGGCGCCGACAGAGCCGACCACUGCCACCUCGCACAUCACCAGCGAGCACGCCACGCCCCGGCGCCCCUCCGUCGUCUCGCACGCCUCCAAGGCCGCGCUCGCGCUCGAGCAGACACGCCGCCCGCACUAUUCCUCUGGCCGCGAAUCCACAGAACCCACGCCCGAGGACCACCUCCGCGCGACGCAGCCCAUCCCCAUCCAAUCCCAUUCGCGCAAACGCUCCGAUGCCGCCGACUGCGCGUUUGGCUCGCUCAGGGAGUACGGGCCCAGCGAGGGGUCCUUCGGGGGCGCGUCGUAUCGGGACAAUGGGGGCACAUCUUACUCUAACAUGGACAACAGUGGCACGUAUAGGGAAUCCACGCCCGACCGUGACGUCUUUGGCUCGCCACCUGCGGAGCCACCAUACUAUCCAUCCGUAUCGCGCAAGGCCAGCCUCCGCCGGCCGAGCGCUGCUCAGUCCUUGGGGUCGAGCGGGUCUAUCCGCACGCACCGGGACACCUAAACAACACCGCCUUCAGUGUGCUUUCUUUGGCGCCCUUCCUCCUGAGGCCUCUGCUCGGCGGUCUGGCGUACUCUUUACACAGAGGCGUCUCCUUGCGAGGCAUCUCUAACCGUACUUCGCAGCGCACUCGCGACCUGCUGUGUGGAAUGAUCUUGUAUAGCGUCCCAUCUCAUCCAGACUGUCUCGUCCCAUUCCACUCAUACUGUCUCGUCCCAUCUCACUCAUAUCUAAUGCUCACUAACUGGAUCUGGAAUCAUCUGUAUGCCACCGACUUGCACUCACUUGUUAUAUUAUCGUCAAUACUUGCUAGCACCAAUUGUAUUGGACUUGUAGUUAUCUCGCAACAGUGUUGUCUUGCGUCAGUUGGGUCUGCUGGCUGUCGCCAGAGCCGACUGGCGCAGUUCUGCCCCUUCAUUGUGCUCGGCAUUCACUGGAGGAAGCUCCGGCGUCGCCGACUCUAAUUCUACCUUGCGCCGGAGAACUUGGGUAC